AUGUCAUCUUUAGGCACAUCAAUUACUAACCGUAUAGAGCGCAUGCAUAAUGCAGAGAACUCUACAGACUUUGUACAUGGUAUGAUGACCGAUCAAAGAGACGGAAAAAUCGACCAUGAUACUAUUAAGAGAAACGCCCUUAUUGUAAUCCUCAGCGGGAUUGAAACCAUUCCGGAUUAUAUUUGCUCUGUCCUCUUUUACACGCUUGAGACUCCAGAGUAUUUUGUCAGGCUCAGGGAGGAGAUAACCAGCACAUUUCGAAGCUCCAGAGAGAUAUCAGCAACAUCAGUCCAGGACUUAAAAUUCCUAAAGUCAUGUAUGCACGAGAGUCUUCGGCUAGCACCGCCAUUUGUGGGCACCCUACCUCGUCGGGUCCCUACCUCCACUCCUGGUGUUACCAUUUGUAACCGGUUUGUACCCAGUGGCACAACUGUGGGUAUUCAUAAUUGGUCUAUUACGCAUAGUCCACAAUUUUGGAUAGACCCUGAAAAAUUUAGGCCAGAUCGAUGGAUGGGUGACUCGCGAUAUACAGGUGAUAUACGCGAAGCUUUUCAUCCUUUUGGGUUCGGGCCGCGAACUUGUGUCGCAAGAAAUCUUGUGAUCAUUGAAGCAAGCUUCAUCCUCGCUCGGUUAUUGUUUGAAUUCGAUAUGCAGUUAGAUUCUCAGGGAUGGAAGUGGCCUAUAAGAAAUGGUCACUUAGUUCCUGUUAAAGGUCCUCUUUUUGUGAAAAUUAUGCCCCGUACCUGUGAAUCCACUACAAUGGAACCUUGA